AUGGACAGCGACAGCGAGGACUACGUCGUCGUCGGGACCCCGCUCGAGCACGAGGAGGAGCAGCGUCAUCGACACAGGAAGCGGACGCAGGAUCUCGCGACGACGCGCGCGCUCCCCGUGCACAAGCAGGAGGCGACGGACGCGGAAGGCCGUCGGCGGUUCCACGGCGCCUUCACCGGCGGGUUCAGCGCGGGGUACUACAACACCGUGGGAAGCAAGGAGGGAUGGGCCCCGAGCGCGUUCCGGUCCUCAGCGGGCGAUCGCGCGGGAGCCAAGAAGACGUCCACGGCUUUCGACUUCAUGGACGAAGACGAGCGCGAGGAGCUCGCGGCGACGGCGCUGGAGGCGCGGCAGGAUUACGACACGUUCGGCGCGACGGCGGCGAUGAACGCGCGACGCGCGAUGUCCGCCGCGGAGGCGACCGCGUCCGGCGCGGGCGGCGGAGGAGGAAGGAGCCCGAUCAUCCCGGGCGUCGUCCCCGCGGAUCUCGUCAUCUCGAUCGCCGAUCCCGUCGGGAUGCGUCUGCUGACGUUGAUGGGGUGGAGGAGAGGGAAGGGCAUCGGGCGCCGCGGCGACGGCGACGGUUCAUCUUCCGACGACGACGGCCACGCCGACGACGACGACGACGGACGCGAUCCGUCGCGGGCGCGGCGGCGGCGGAAGUGGGGCGCGCUCCCAACUGCGCUCGCGGACGACGCGCCCGCCUACGUCCUCCACCCGAAGUUGAACGUCCACGGCGUCGGUUACGACCCGUUCGAGGGCGCGGAGGAGUUUCGCAAAGUCGCGGAGAUUCGCAGGAAAAACGCGGCGAGAGACCCGCGCGGUCUCGGCGACGUCAAGCCCUCGCGCGGCGAGGCGUUCGGCGUCGGCGUGUUCGAAGGCGACGACCCGGACGAGGACGUGUACCGGAGUAAGACGAUCGGCGGCGACGUCAUCGGACACGCGUACGAAGUCGUCUCCGACGAGGACAGCGACGACGACGAGCGCGCGCGGUUCCCGGACGGCGCGGGCGGAAACGGCGGGCUUCGAACCGGCGGCGCGCCCUUGGGGUUGCUCGGGCGAGCGCCAGCGGGGGAGGGGCGGCGGGGCGAGGCGCGGCGGCUGCUGCUCGGGACGACGGAUCGGAGAGGGGACGACGGAUCGGAGAGGGGACGCGACCGAGAUCGAGAUCGCGAUCGCGACCGCGACCGCGACCGCGACCGCGUCGUGUCUCGCGCGACGGUUCUCGUGCGCGGGUUCGCGCUCUCGUCGCACACGCUCGCGCCCGCGAAGUGGUACCCUCCCCCGACCGUGCCUCGGACGUUCAAGCCGUUCCACCGGUUCCCGCCCGGGAGCGCGCCGCCGCCGGUGCCGGGUCAGCGGUUGACUCCGAGCCAACCCCAACCGGCGCUCCCCCCGAGGUCGCCGCCGCCUCCGCCGCCCGCGGACGACGCGCGGAAGAAGUUUAUCGACACGACGGCGCGGUUCAUCGCGAAGAACGGGCCCGCGUUCGAGGCGAUGGCGAAGGAACGGCAGAAGCACGACCCGAAGUUUGACUUUCUGUUCGGGCUCGGCGACGACGUGAAGUACUACGCGCAUAAGCUCGCGGAGAGCAAGCGAGAGGUCACCGACGGCGCCGAGGGCGUGAGCGAAUGGGGCGUCGGCGUCGACGCCGUCGCGCCGCCGCGGUCGCGCCCGCUGGACGCGGAAGACCGGAGUAAGAUGCUCGGGGAGACGCCGCUGCCGAGUCGUAAGACAUCGGAAACGGACGCUCAUCGGCCGUUAUCCACCGCGCCGCCGCCGGGUUUCGUCCCGGACGACGAAGCGGCGCCGGGGCCGGCGCGACCGAAGGAGCCGAACACGAUCGAAGUGAAGAAGAUCGCCGCGGGGGACCGGACGCGGAUACAAGAGACGUUAUCCAACACGUUCACGUCCGGGACAGCGCAAGACAUGGGGCACGGCUCGAAGGCGUUGAAGCCCGGGUUACGGAUGAUGUCCAACUUCGUCAGCGGCGGGACGGUGUUGGACGCGAAGGAGGAGCGAGAGAAGGAAGAGCGAGCGAAACUCGCGCCGAUUCGCCCGACGCGAACGACGGAGGACUGGGCCCCGGAGUCGUUGCUGUGUAAACGUUUCGGCGUGAACGAUCCGUUCGACGGCAUGGCGAAGCCGGGGACGGAGGUGAAGUUUAAGACGGACAGCAUCGUCCUCACGGACACGAUCGCGGCCGAGAACGACGCGGCGCCGAAGUUUUUGAACGCGGCGCCGCCGCCGCCGCCGCCGACAUCGGGAGAGGCCGCCGCCGCCGUCGCGAAAGCGCCGCCGUCGCCGCCGCCGCCGCCGCCGGCGGGCGCGGGGCUCGUCCCGCCGCCGCCCGUCGGCGCGGGGCUCGUCCCUCCUCCGCCCGUCGGCGCGGGGCUCGUCCCGCCGCCUCCGCUGCCGAAGAGUGCGGGCGGCGUUCGAGCGUUCAGCACCGGCGCGUGGGGGGCCAAGCCGGGGACCGCGCCGCCGCCGCCGCCGCCGGGGGCGAACGCGUCGUCGUCCGGCUCGAUGCCGCCGCCGCCGCCGCCGCCGCCGCCGCUGCCGCUGCCGCCCGGAGCGAACGUCGUCGUGGAGGUCCCACCGCCGCCGCCGCCGUUCGUGGAGCGCCCGAUGGAUCUGUUCAAAGCGAUCUUCGAGGCGGAGGAGGAGUUUGAGCGCGAGGAGCGCGAGGCGCGCGCGAGAGAGGAGGAGGAGGCGCGAGCGCGCGAGCGGCUCGAAAAAGCCGAGCGGAGGCGGGAAGAGGAAAGCGCGCGAGCGACGAAGCUCGACGCGCCGCGGCGGUACACGACGUACGAGGAAGUACUCGCCGCCGCGCGCGACGCGCCGACGCCGCAGCCGGUACCAGUAGAGGACGACGACGACGCGCGCGCGCCGAGGAGAAGCGGCGGGAAGCGCGCGGCGACGGAGGAUCUCGAGGGGAAAAAAUCUUCGAGCAAAAAACACAAGAAGGAUUCCAAGAAGCACAAGAAGGACUCCAAGAAGAAGCACAAGAAGGACUCGAAGAAGAAGCGCAAGAAGGCGAAGAGGAGUCGCCGCGAGGACUCGGCGAGCGACAGCGAUAGCAGCAGUAGUUCUUAGCGCACGCACGCACAUACGUAGUUCAUAACAC